AUGAGUACUGGCUGGAACUUCCAACCCAACGGAAAAUGUGUCCAGGGGAAAAAAAGGGAGGAGCUAAAUUACAUUAACAUUUUUGACAAAGGAGGGAUCCCCAACUUGAAGAAAAAAAAUGGACACUUCAGCAAUGGGUUGAAUUGCGGCCCCGCUGGGCGCAAGGCAUUGAUUCGAUGGAUAGAAUAUAAUUACCAACUUAAGAAUGAAGAGGAGAACAGCUACCCCGCUUUGAGUGCAUGCAAGGUGUGGCAAAGGAGGCAGUCCUUCCAGGAUAAGACCCUCUCAGGAUUAGUGGAUUUCCUCAAGUUUCUGAGCAUCCCCAAACAUGUGACGUACAGAACGGUGUUUGAUAAUUAUUUGUCUCCUAAGUUUGUAAACAGGCUUAAUUCGACGGAGUCGUCGCAGAAAGGGCUGACCAAACUAGCGAAGAAAAUGAUGCCCAUGUUCCAAGUGCGCGAAAUGCAACCACUCUUUUCUAUUGUUCUGGACAAAAUAGAGGUCAUACCUAUAGGGAUUCUCAAAAUUCUAGUGGAAGAAACUCCAUCAGCUCAGUAUUUUUACUCAAUAACCUCCACCAACGUGAAGAGGAAGAUAUGGGUUCUGUGCCCCCAUAAGUUCUACCAAGAAAUUGAACCAAUCAUAGACGAAAUUAUUUUAAGAAUUAAAAUAAAAAGCAAACACGAUGACACAGUAGUUGCACUGAUAAACCAAAUUGUCCAGUUAAUAGGAAAUCAAAAGGAACAAAACUUUUUGUAUAAUUUGUGCGUGCACAUUGUGCGCUUAAAAUGGGUGCAGGUCAUUAUAAGUGAAAGGGAAGAUGUUGCCUCAGAUUGUAGCGGAGUAAGUAACGGCACUUCUCCCCCCGGUAGGGGUAGGGGAGCUAGAAGUGAUGAUGAAGAUAGCAAACUAGAAUAUAAAGCACAUUCCGCUCCUGUUCCAUCGGAAAUGAACGACUUUGUGGAGGACGCAAAUUUAAAAAGUGAGAACAAAGAAAAUUGGGAUAACUUUUGUUACGUAAAUUUAGAUCCCGUUUCAAAUAGCUACUUGGAUGGUAACCAUAUUGGAGAGAGGCUGAAAAAACUGCACUCUUGUUUUGAAAAAAUUAUGAACAAAGAGCAAAAUAUAAAAGAGGAGAAGGUAAAUAACUCCGAUUGGAGGAAGCCUUAUGUUAUAUGUCUCAAUGGGUAUAGCCACUAUAGCACCUCUUUUCAUUAUUUGAAGAAGAGGAGGAUAGUUCAGGUAGAAAACCAUGUAUAUAAUAGUCCCGAAGGGGAGGGGAAGAUCCCUUGGAAAAACUGCGAGAAGGAUACAGGGAGAUUUUCCAGAAGCAUCAUGGAGCCAGGAGCCGACUCUUGUGGCGAAUUUAAAAACGAUAUGAAGAGGAGCUUGCCGAUAGGCCAAGAAGGGAAAGACGCGAAAAGGGUGAAAAUGGACACACACAUUUUCAAAAAUGAUAAGAUUGCUCCACAUGGGUCUAACCUGAGUAGUGGAAAAAUGAACAGCGAGGUGGGAGAUAAUGCCACAGUUGUGGAAUUCAAGGGGAAGGACGAGGAUGGUGUUAGACCCAUCAGUGGCGUCAAUACAGACAGUACUAAGGGGGACACCAAUCUCAUCACAAACAACGGGCGCAAUAGCCAUAGUAGUAAGAGCAGCAACGAUAGAGUAAGGGAUGAAGAUGAGGUAGACAGCAAAAACAAAGGGAAGCAAAAAAAAAAAGGUACACAUAAAAUGAAGUACAAAGCGAACUGCAGUGAAAAUUAUCCCAAUAAAAAAACACUUUUACCAUUCGAUGGAAUGUUUUAUAGCCAUCUAAGGCUGCUUAUAUGUCUGCAGUACAAAGAAAAAUAUAACAUCAAAGAUGAAGAGAUGGUGAAAGUAGACCGGUAUUUUCCUGUGAUAGAAUUUAUUAACCAUGUCAUUAGGGAUGGCAUAUUAAAUUUUUCGGAUCAGGUUAAGACACAGGACGUAGUUAAAAGAAUUAAAAAUAGUCUGAACGUAAAAAACGUGGAGGAUUUAUGUGAAUACUCUCUCCUAUUUAGCAAUAUCUUAUUAAAGUUUUGCAUCAUUAAAGGGAUUUGUUUUUACUUCUACCGAAAUAACUUGGAGGUAGUGCCCUAUAAAAAUUGCAUGCUUUUUUGGACCUCCCUUUUUUAUUUUGGAGUUUACAACCAUUUUUUUUCUUUAAUUAAAUAUGCACUGGAUAAGGUGGAGUACAAGGAUAGGAAAAAGAGGUUCUCCAGCCAGUAUUUUCACUUGAGACAGAAGUUGCUGGGGCAAGGAAUUCCAUCCUGUGGAAACUUCACUGAGGAGACCUUCCAGACAGGGGCUGCCGAAAGUGACUCUUGGGUUUCUUGGGAUGAAAAAAGGGAGGGCCCAUCGGAGGGAGAGUCGGGAGGAUCAGAUGAAGUAUCAGCUGAAUCAUCGGAUGGGGUUUUGCACGAAGAAGUUAAACAGGCGAAUAUAACAUGGAAGAACUAUAAAAAAUGUGGACGAAGCAGGGUAUGUGCAUAUUAUAACGAGGUCGACGAGGAUGAAUGUAGUGAGAAGGGCGAAACGGUUGGCAGCAGUGAGGGUAGCGAUAAUGUCGGUAGUAUUGAGGAGGGUCAAGAGGGUGGAAGCAGCAAUGUGAGUGAGGGGGUGGGCAGGACCGAACAGAGUGAAGAGCUCGAGGGGACAGCGCCCAGUGAGGAGAUAGAAGUGACAGGGGUCAGCGAAGAGGUAGAAGUGACAGGGGUCAGUGAAGAGGUACCAGUGACAGCACCCAGUGAGGAGAUAGACAUGACAUUGCCCAGUGAGGAGAUAGAAAUGACAUUGCCCAGUGAGGACAUAGACGGGACAGUGCUCAGGGAAGAGGUUGACCAAACCGAGCAAAGUUCACCGGCAGAAGGGCCAAACCCGGAUUAUGCACAGGAGUAUGGAGCUUCCCGUGAAGGGUACAAUAGCAGCGUUGAAUAUCAGGGGGAGCAGUUUAUCACAAACGAAAAUGAGCGUUACGAUGAUGUGUGUGAAUACCAAGACCAUCUGGAACGGUACAACGAAAGUGAAGUGCGCGAAGGGGAAUCCAGCAAGGAGAGGAAGCGGAGGGAGCAGGAGCGGGAAUACUCCCGGUAUAGGGAGUACGAAUAUGGCGAGCAGGGGGAGGACGAACAGUAUGGUGAAGAAGACGAAAAUGAAGAAAAGGACGAAGACGACGGCAGCGAGGAAUAUGGUGCAGAUGACGACGACUCCCUCAGUGACGGCGAGGAGGAGACUGACAACCGCGGCUACGAGCGAUACGCUCAUGGAGCGCGCAAGGGAAAAACGCGCGUGCGCCAGUUCAAGACCUGCAGUGACAACACGUGGCAGGCGCACCAGAGAGAAAGAAGGAAGAAGGACAAUUUCAAAUUGUAUUUCUACAGCAUGCGGAACACACAAGAACCGAACAAAGAGUAUAACAGGAAUGUCAGACACACCAUGGGCCAAAUGAAAAGGAAAAAAAAUUAUAAACUCUUGGUGAGCAAUUGUAAUGAUAGCUGUUUGAAGAUACCCCUAAUGAGCAUUUUAAAAUAUAUUGUCAUUGCGAAUAAUGAACAAAGCACCUUCCUGUCCUUUUUUGAUUUCUUCGAAGGAGAUUCAAAAUUUGAGAGCUUAGAAUCUGUGAAGGAAAAAAAAAGCAUACUGCUCUUAUCAGCUUUGUUGAAUAUCCCCCAAGUAAAUUAUAUGAAAAUAAAAAAUUUUUUUUCUAUCAUUCACGAAUUUUUUUAUAUGGAAAAGAAAAAUUUACCAAGCUUAUCCCUCUGUAGUGCUGCAUCCAGGGAGGGUAACUCUAAUGCAGAAGUUGCAUAUGAGGUGAGAAGGCUGGAGGAACAUAAAAAAUCACAUACAUCAAGAGAACUAUUAAGCAACACCAACGUGUAUAGUGACGAUACUGGUAAGGUACGUGGGGUAGGCACUAAUCUUAUGUGCACCUCUUCAAACGGUGUUAACGGUUACGCCAAUUGGGGCUCAAGCAAAAGAAACACAGAAAAAGAAGUGACGAUCACUAGUGGGUUACCCCUUCAUAUUAGCAAUGAAUAUGGAACCUUGUAUGAAAAAGAUAGACGCGUGAACGAAUGGAGUGAAGACCAAACAAGCGUAUCGGACACGGGCAGUACUAUCAACGUGGCUGUAGGAGCGAGGGAAAAAAACACUUUUGAAAGUCUGAGGAAAAGACUAAUAAGCCAAAUAAAUGAUAUGAACAGCACAAUAUGUGGAAACUACUUUUUAAUAAAUAAUAACAUAACGUCUAUAUGUGCUUACCUGAGGGAGAUGGGCGGUGUAGAUUGUGAUGGCAGUGGCCAUGGCUUAGUUAACCCUCUUAGCCAAGUUGAUGUGGAUAAUGCAACAAAUGUGGCAAUCGGGGCGAAAGGGAGCAACGUGAAUAAGGAGUUAAGCCUAGUUAGAGAUCUACCUGCCGGGAGAAACGAACAGAAUAUAAGUACGCCUCCCUCAAUUAGCCUCUUCACUGAUAUUUCGAAAGAGAUAGUGAGUAAGUUAAACAAUUGCAACCGCGUCAGCAUUAUUAACAAUUGUCUACCUUACAUUUUAAAAGUGUGUUCGAGAACGUUGCAUUUUUUAAAAAAAAAGAAACUCAUAAAUAUUUACAUAAAAUAUAUGUAUCUAUAUGAAUAUUUGUACCACAUGGUGCUGAACAGAAUGCUACACAUUAGCACGAUGAAGAGUCUCCCGUUUUUGCAAAAUGUUAUUUUAAAAGAGUUGCAUUAUUACUUUGAGGAUUUUAAAAAUAGGAAAGUGAAGAACCUUUGGAAGUUUUACCUCUACGCUCGCACACUAAUUGAUAUAAACAAAAUGAACAUAAUUAACAAACUGUUUCAUAGCAAUGCCAUUGAUUAUUUUAUAAAGCUGUUUUACUCCCUGUCCUUUUACAACCCGGUGUUUUCAGUGCUUUUUUUGAAGCUCAUGCAGACACCCCUCUUUUAUAGGAAUAUUGAAAAUAAGAAGAGCGAAAUUUUGCAAAACAUUUGGAUAGGGACGCAUGAAAGGAGCUUUUCAGGCAAUUCCGAACAUAAUAGACAAUGCAUAGAGUAUAAAAUUUGGAUCGAAGCGUACAACAAAUUUUUUACCAAGUGA